AUGUCAGGAGUAGACCCCUUUAAAAAAGCCUCGCGUUUGGCUAGAUCGCCAGUGAAGGUGCUCUCCGCACAAAGACCAGUGAGGUCGAAAUCAUCACCUCCAACGCUGCAGAAGAACACCCCGAUAUUGGAAGAAGCACAGUCGCAACGUGAUCAUAUGAAUAAACUUGGAGAUAUGAUACAAAAUCUAACGGAUAUGAUGCAUCCGCCACAGCGCACUAUCAACAAUCCCAUGAGGGAACUGCUUACCGAAAUAUCGAAGCGCUACACCCGUGCACAAGACGACCAUAUUCGACAAAGGGAAGCUAACUUAGGAAGAAGAGUAGCUAUGGAACAGACGACUGCUGAAGUCACACCGAAAAGACCACGUGACAAGCAGAUAAAGCGACGAACCCCUCCAAAAAGGACUAAAACAACGCAUGAGGAACCAAGUGUGAAAGCAGGAGAAAGCAGAAAUCUCGGGGGAGGAGAAAAGGACGCAGCAAGGGAAGAAACCUGGAUCACGAUACCAAGUAAAGCCCAAAAAAAUAAAAACAAGAAGAAGGAAAACGCCGUACCACGCCUUCGACCAGAAGCAAUAGUUAUAGCAAAAACCGGUGACAUGUCUUACGCAGACAUGCUUCGGGCGGUUAAGCAGAAUGAAAACCUGCAAGUGCUUGGGGAAAAUGUCUCACGAAUUAUAAAGACAUCUAAAGGUGAGAUACUGUUGGAGCUAAAGAAAGCGCAGACAGGAAGUACUAAGGAAUAUAGAGAGGAGAUAGUGAAGAUACUAGGAGAUCAGGCACAAAUAAGAUCUCUAACACAAGAAAUUACAGUGGAAGUGCGAGACUUGGACGAUAUAACGACGAAAGAGGAUAUAGCACAGGCAAUUCGUUCAGAAUUUGAAGAGCUGCGUCUAUUUAGUGUAGAAUGCAUUAAAAGCAUCAGACAUGCAUAUGCAGGCACGCAAAAAGCUAUCAUAAGCCUUCAUGCACAGGAAGCAAAGCAUCUACUGGCAGCACAAAAGAUAAAAAUCGGCUGGUCCAUCUGCAGAAUCAGGGAAAAAGCGCAGCUGAAGAAAUGCUUCAGAUGUUUAGAGUAUGGACAUGUGGCGAAAGCAUGCAGCAACCCAGAAGACAGGAGCAAGUGCUGUAUUAAAUGCGGUGAGGAGGGUCAUUUCGCCAAAGAAUGUGUUAACAAUCCUUCCUGCAAGGCAUACGUUGCAUUAAUCUGUGAACAGUAUAAAAAUAAAGACUCUGACAAGUGGAUUUUCGACACCACAAAGAAGGCUGCAAUAUGGGCAUUCGGAGAUAAGACGAUGCAAGACAAACCACUAAUUGACAAGGCAUAUUAUACAAGAGCCAAAAUAUGGGGGAUUUAUUUCUACAGCUGCUAUAUACCGCCAAGUAUACCACGUGCUGAGUAUGAAAAAAUACUUGACGACUUGGUAAAGGAUGCGAUGACAACUACACCUAAUAUAAUUGCAGGUGACUUUAAUGCCUGGGCGCUAGAAUGGGGCAGCAAAAACACAAAUCUGAGAGGUAGCGCAUUACUUAAAGCAUUUGGUGUUCUAGACGUAGUACUGCUUAACACAGGAAGACAAAACACCUUCGAGAAGAAUGGGCGUGGCUCUAUUAUAGAUAUAUCUUUUGCCAGCAGGGUGCUAUAUCGAUAUAUAGACUGGCGGAUAUGCGACAUAUAUACCCAAAGUGACCAUUUAGCCAUAAUGUUAAGUAUCAGCAAGAAGAUUCAACAGCGAAAUGCUUGGCACCAAAAGGUGCAGUCCAAGGGGUGGAGAAUUGAAACCCUAGAUGAGGAGCUUUAUAAGUUAAUGCUGGAUGAAAACGUAAACGGAAUUGAUGACAUAGACCAACAGGCUAAAUUGUUGGUACAACACAUUAGCAAAGCGUGUGAUGCCGCUAUGAAUAAAAAGAGGACAGCCGCGCAGAGAAAGCCUGCUUAUUGGUGGAAUCAAGAAAUUGAAUCUCUGAGAAGUGAAAGUCACAAAGCGAGGCGCCGUUUUCAACGAAACAUAGGCAGCUUAGAUUGUGACAGCCUGCGAGAAGCAUUCAAAAAGAAACGAAACGACCUAAAAAAGGCGAUUAAAAAGAGCAAAAUGACAUGUUUCAAAGAAUUAUGCGAAAAAGUGGACGAAAAUCCGUGGGGAGCAGCUUAUAGAAUUGUAAUGUCAAAGAUUAAAGGUGGCAAAUGUCAAGCGCCUACAUGCCCUUCAUUACUCAAAAAUGUUGUAGAAACUCUAUUCCCACAACAAAAUCAAGAAGAAGAAGGAAAUUAUUAUCGCGAAGAAGUCUCAGAUGUGCCAGAAAUCACGGAGCAGGAAGUUGUUCAAGCUGCUGAGCGCUUUGAAAAUAGCAAAGCACCAGGAUUAGAUGGUAUCCCGAAUAGGGCUCUUAAAAUGGCGAUCAGCUAUCAUCCUAAGCCAUUUUCGGAUUUAUACACACGCUACCUUCGUGAAGGAGUGUUUCCAAAGGUCUGGAAAGUACAACGGCUGGUACUACUACAGAAGCCAAACAAACCGGCAGGAGAACCAAGUUCCUAUCGACCGCUCUGUAUGAUCGAUACAAUGGGCAAAAUUCUGGAGCGCAUAAUCUGUACCCGUCUAGAAAAUCAUUUAGAAGGAGAGGGAGGUCUCUCUGAUAACCAAUAUGGUUUUCGUAGAAAGCGUUCAACUCUUGAUGCAAUCAAGAAAGUUGCAGAUGACAAAGAGAUUCGUUGCAUAAGAAAUCUGUAUUGGCAACAAACUGCCCAUGUAAGCAUCAAUGGUGAUAUAACCGAAGAAAUAUCUAUUUAA